ACAAAAAAAAGAAGAAAAAAAGAAGAAGAAAGAUGAGACGCGAUAAUAAUGUGUGAGUUGGAUGGAAUGGAACCCCGAGGCUUGUUUCCGUGAACAACUCUCCAACCCAACUGCCCCUUCUCUUCUUCUCUUGAUCUUCUUCGUCUUCCUUCUUUCUUUCUUUCUUUUUUUUUUUGGGUUUGAUUGAAUGGCUGGCAGUAUUGGAUCUUUAAGGCAUAGCUUCGCGGAGAGAAGCAAAGAAAGAUUGCUCAUACCCCGCAAAGAAGAAGAAGGAGAGGACGAAUAUUCACAAGUGGGAUCAGGGAUCGGAGGAGGAGGACGACGACGAAGAGCAGGAGGAGCGUGUCUUCGGGCUUUUCAUUGGCUAGCAGAUGAAAUUCCCAAAAUCUGCAACUAUGGUAAACAAGUUUGGGUCAAAGCCUGCGAAAUUGGUCGUUCCGAUCCCAGAAAGAUCAUAUUUGCACUUAAAAUGGGGCUGGCUCUCUCCUUCGUCACAAUUCUCAUCUUCUUCAAGGAACCCCUCAGUUACAUCGGACAGCAUUCCAUCUGGGCUAUCCUCACUGUCGUUGUCGUCUUUGAAUUCAGCAUUGGGGCCACAUUAAACAAGGGAUUCAAUCGUGCCUUGGGGACUUUAUCUGCUGGAGCAUUAGCUCUGGGAAUUGCUGAGUUAUCUGCCUUAGCUGGCAAAUUUCAAGAAGUUAUAGUCGUCUUCAGCAUCUUCAUUGCAGGGUUCUGUGCAAGCUACUUGAAAUUGUUCCCAGCAAUGAAACAGUACGAAUACGGGUUCCGGGUGUUCCUGUUGACUUAUUGCAUCGUUCUGGUCUCUGGGACUUCACACUUUGUGCAAACUGCUGUUUCUCGAUUGCUGCUCAUUGCUGUCGGAGCUGGUGUUUGUCUGAUUGUCAACGUAUGUGUUUACCCCAUUUGGGCUGGUGAGGAUUUGCACAAGUUGGUGGUGAAGAAUUUUAGGAAUGUUGCCACUUCUUUGGAAGGCUGUGUCCACGGAUAUCUGCAAUGUGUUGAAUAUGAAAGGAUACCAUCGAAAAUUCUAGUCUUCCAGGCUUCUGAUGAUCCGAUGUACAGUGGAAUCAGAGCUGCCUUAGAGUCCUCCAGCAAAGAAGAGUCUCUGUUGGCUUUUGCAGUUUGGGAACCGCCUCAUGGUCCAUACAGAAUGUUCAACUAUCCUUGGAGUGAAUAUGUUAAAGUUAGUGGUGCAUUAAGGCAUUGUGCAUUUAUGGUCAUGGCAAUGCAUGGUUGUAUACUUUCAGAGAUACAGGCUUCAGCAGAACUGCGACAGGCUUUCAGGAAUGAGAUUCAGAGGGUUGGGACUGCAGGUGCCAAAGUGUUACGGCAACUUGGAGACAAAGUAGAAAAGAUGGAAAAACUAAGCCCUGGAGACCUACUUGAUGAAGUGCAUGAGGCUGCGGAGGAGUUACAGAUGUUAAUUGACCAGAAAUCUUACCUACUGGUCAAAGCUGAGAGCUGGGAAAGUGGCAAACGACCAAGUAAAUUUGAAGAUCCAGAGCAACUACAAGAACUAAAAGACAAUGAAAAUAAGCCACAAGUCAUAAACUCCAUCAGUGAAACAAAUCUCAAUCUAACCUCAGCUCAGACAUUGCGAAAUUGGAAUUCACAGAACCCAAACCCAGGCACCAAUCUCUCUGCUUCUCAGUGGGGUUCCUCAGAAGAUACGCUACGACAGCAGACAAUGUGGCCUUCACGACUCUCAGUCCUUGGUGAUACCAUUCUCAAUGGACGUGAAGUAAGGACACAUGAAAGUGCAAGUGCAUUGUCAUUGGCAACAUUUACUUCCUCGUUGAUUGAGUUUGUUGCCAGGCUUCAAAACAUCGUACACUCAUUUGAGGAACUCAGUGAGAAGGCAAAGUUCAAAGAACCAGUUGAUCCAACAGAAACCAAGGAGCCAUUAAAUUCCUGGAGAAGGCUUCUUAAAUGCAUCUGAGUCGUUCUUUUGGGUUGGUGCUCAAAUAGAAGCGAGCAAGGGUGUGAAAUUGGUUCGGCACAAUGCCUAGAGUGAGCACGGCUUGCGUAAGUUUGAGAAUCGUGCUGAGUGGCUUGCGCGUUUGAGUCAUCAAGUACCUAAGCUUUUUCCCCACAAUGGUUGAUCAAGGUGCAACUGGGUGGAAACUAAGCAGACGCUUUGCUUUAUUUGUUUUGCAGAACGAAGGGGAUUGCUGAAUUUCCAGAUCAGGUUGCUUGUUAAGCACAAGAUCUGUCUAAGCGGUCUGAGGAGGAAAUUGGGGUGGUGAUUAGUUGAGAUCCAAAUAGAUUGGGGAACAGAAAAGUGUUGCAACCCUCUGAUUGGAGGCCUUACGGAAGAUAGCGUGCAAGAAUUAUACUACCAUAGUAAUCAUAAAUCACAUCUGCGAUUACUUUAGUUUAAAAAGAAGCUUGUAGAUUUUGCAACAUAAUAGUUUCUUUUUACUUGUUCUUACA